GAUCAUUUAGUGUUUUUUGUGUAAUUACGUGAUUAUGACAAAUUUAUAAUGUUAAUAAGUUGUUUAUUUACAGUGAUAAAAUAGAUGUACGUUUUAAUGGAUUGGUUUGGAAAAUACUAAUGGUUUGUAAAAUUAGUUCGAAUGAAAAUGUAUAGUCUCUUUAAAAGAUGCGAAUUUUACUCAAAGCCAAUUCAAGAUUUUGUACGAUAUUUAAGUUCAGCUGAAAUUUCAACAGCUUUAAGACCAUUUUACUUCGCUGUUCAUCCUGAUUUGUUUGGUCAACAUCCUAAUCAAAGAGAAGUUAAUGAAAAUUCUUUAAAACAGUUAAGCUCCUUUUUAACCGCUGUACAAAGUAAAAAACCAAUAAAGCCGAUGAUCGUACCUUUUUAUGUACGAAAGAAAAGAAAUCGAGGUUCUUUCAAUCUUAUAAAUAUCCAGUUAAAAAGUAAAGAUACGCGCGAAGUGAUUUUAACAAUUUUAAAAGCUUGUGAUUUAUCUACAACAUUUGUGAAUCAAUUACCACCGCCUCCAAAAUCGGUGAAAACAGAAACGACUACUGGAAAUUACAAGAGUGAUAGUAGCUUUGUUCACGAUAUAUUUGCCGACAUACAGAUAAAAAUUAAAAAAAAGGCCGAAGAGACUACUUUAAAAAAUUGGUUAAAUAAAAAUUCAGAAUUAGCUAAAGAGAGAACAGAUGCUGAACAGCCAAUCGUAGAAGAAAUUAAUCGCCUUAAAGAAUCUUUAAUAGAAACAUUAAAAUUGAGGGCAAUUAAAUGGGAAUGUGGCUGGAAUAUUUCUCAUUUUCGAGGAUGUUUAGAAGCCUUUCAGUCAUUAAGUAAUCAUUAUCCAGAGAUAUUGAAAAAUUUAGAAGGUCGAACUAUAGUAUUUGCACCAUUUACUGGUGUUAGUAUGGAAGGUGAUGUAUUGCUUAAUACCGGAGAUGUAAGACAUAAUUGGUUAGAUCUACUAAGAAAUGUCACAAGUUAUGAUUUACUACUAACGAAAAUACCAUCAUUUGAAAAAGCUGUGUCGCAAGUAUUGUUAAAUAUAAAAAUUGGUAGAAGAAAAUUUAUGCCGAGAGUCAUGGUUGCUGAAUAUGAAAAGCAUCUUGUUACCAUUACUACGACUUUAAAUGAUUAUAAAGGCCUUUACAAAUAUCCAAAAAAAUGGCCAAAAUCUCUAGAAAAUUUUGAAAUUGUUAUCGAAACGGAAGCUGGUCCAUUAACACUUUCUCCAACUGGUCAGUUUAUUGUACCUUCAUCUUGUCCUGGAUUUCUUUUGAUUGAUUUUAUAUCUGAAAAUUUAGAAGAAGCGAAAAAACGUUUAGAAGAGUACAGUAGAGAUAAAGAACUCGAAAAAGAAUUGUAUAUUCUUGUUAAAAAAGAAUUAAAACUAAACGGCUUACAUAAGGAUGAUGCUAUAACACCUGAAUUGAUGAUUGCAUGUUGUAAUCGUUUGUUAGAAAAUAAGAAUGAUUUACAAAACUUUAAUAAUCUGAAUUUAAACAUUACUACUUAUUAUUCGGUUUUAACCAAUGGUGUUGUAUGUAUUCCAUGGAAUUGGAAUUUUUAGUUUAAACCAGAUAGAGUGAUAUAUGUCUUGUGAUUUUGAAAAACGUAAUAAAUUUAGAUGUACAAACGAAUUAUUUUAGAAUAAAUAAAGUCACAAUUACA